AUGUCACUGUUUAUCGAGUUAGAAGAACUCCUGGAUAUGGAGCCCUCGUCGACAGCUGUGUCUCUGCCCCCGGCUUCUCUGCCCCCGGCUUCUCUGCCCCCGGCUGCACCCUCGGCUCUGCUGGCUGCUCUGCCUCCAGCUACACUGGAGGCUCUGCUGGAGAUGCUGGUGGUGGAGGCAGUUAAUGUUGAUAAUGACAUAUCUGGGGUUGGAAGAGUGGUUGAGGCAUCAGGCAGCACCAGCAGCAUCCCCACCACUAAUGCCGGCACCAGCAGCAUCCCCACCAUCAAUGCCGGCACCAGCAGCAUCCUCACCAGUGAUGCCUGCACCAGCUGCCUCCCCACCACUGAUGCGGGCACCAACAGCAUCACCACCAGUGAUGCCUGCACCAGCUGCCUCCCCACCACUGAUGCGGGCACCAGCAGCAUCACCAUCAUUGAUGCCGGCACCAGCAGCAUCCCCACCACUGAUACACGCACCAGCAGCAUCCCCACCAGUGAUGCUGGCACCAGCUGCCUCCCCACCAGAGCGAUGCAGGCACCAGCAGCAUCCCUACAGUGA